UCAACUUGUCUGUGUUACUGGGUCAUCUUCUAAAUUGUCAGACCCAGUUCUUCCUCUGUUCUUAUCAGAAAGCUCUUUGUUUCAGUCAUAUCACAUUCUUCUGCUGUCCUCAAAUUCCAAUAUAAUCCACAUAAUCCUCAGGGUUUGUUCCUUAUGUUGAUCCACCUACUCUGAUCCCAAAGAGCUCACUUCCUCCAAAGCUCAAGCUUCGUUCAGUUCCUAUCACAAAACAACUCCUUUUUCUGCAUCUCUCCAUGGGCUGCACCACCUCAAAGCAGGCCCGCCGCGACCGCCGGAGGUCGCCCUCCCUGCUCGCCCGCAGCCGCUCGUUGCCCCGCGACCACAAGGCCGGUGUCGGCAGCAAUGACCAUGUCGUCGCUCUCACUUCCGCCACUCUCGGCUCCUUCAAGCUCGACAAGGAAGCGAAGCAGAGUGUCGGCGACGAUCAUGGAGAUCUCAAGAGCAAGCUCGCCGAGGCCAAGGCCUGGACAGAGAAGAUGAGCAAGCGAAUCCCGACAACGCCCACUGAGACGCCACCCAAUGAGCCCGAGGCCGUGGACGCCUUGGAGCUCAUGGCAGGAUUGGAGGAGUCUGCCGCUCCUCGAUUCUCCUCCGCCACCGUCGUCGACCGCCACUCCUUCUCGUUCUACCCCAUCCAUGAAUCCAACAGGGUGCUUGGAUCGACGCAAGGCACCGUGUGGAGCAACGCCUUGGCGUUCCCUUCUCCUAUCUGGAAGCCGGCAAAGAUCGAGGAGCACGCGGUCGGCAUCGGUGAGUUCGAUCCGGAGGUUCUAUCCGCCUUCCGCAAGGCCAUGGAGGAGCUCUCCCCUCAGCACCCCUGCCUCCUCCGGUCCCCCGAGUCGAGAACUCCAUCAGCCAACGUCAUCCACGCAAGGAUCAGUGGCUUCCAAGAAAGACUCGAUUCCAAGAAGGCCAAUGCCAAGGCCGGCCAGGAUUCAGAACUCAAGAGAUGGCCGCCCGGCGGCGAGGGGAAGGUGGUGCUCUACUUCACAAGCCUUCGAGGGGUGCGGAAGACCUACGAGGACUGCUUCCUGGUAAGGAUGAUUCUGAAGGGCUACGGACUUCGGGUCGACGAGAGGGACGUCUCGAUGGACAGAGGGUUCAGGAACGAGCUCAAUGAGAUGCUCGGAGCCGAUCGCGUCGCUGUGCUGCUCCCGUCGGUCUUCGCGAAUGGCAGGUACGCGGGAGGGGUGGAGGAGGUGAGGCGGAUCCACGAGGACGGCGAGCUGUCGAAGGCCUUCAGUGACUGUGAAGCGACGAGCGAAGGAGGAAGAGGAGGGCCGUGCGAGGACUGCGGAGACAUCAGGUUUGUGAUCUGUGGCAAGUGCUCAGGGAGCUGCAAGGUGUACGUAGAAGAAGAAGAAGAAGAAGAAGAAGAGGAAGAGAUGGAGGAAUGGGAGGACGUCGGAGGUGGAUUCCGGCGAUGCAUGGAGUGCAAUGAGAAUGGAAUAGUGAGGUGUCCUGCUUGCUGUUGAGCUUGGGAGCUCAGUGACAGUAGAGUGUGUGUGGAGCUUGGUGUGUGCGCAGCAGAGUCCAUUGGUGGUGAGGAGUGAGGUAGAGAGGUGAGUGAAGCAAGCUCUGUGAGGGAGUUGCAGUUCGAGUCGUGGAGGAUUCCAUCUUCGUGGUUCUUUUACUUUGUUUUUUUUCAUAUAUCGAUCUUGACUGAGAGUUCUGUCAAGACAUUACAUUGUCUGCCAUGGUGAGGCAGAUAAACUUUGCUUUAUCAGGUGGUUUUCUUUGAUGUUUUCAUGCCUAAUAUGUAAUAGAUAUGUAGUGAAUUAUGUUGAAUCAUUGGCGAAUGUUUCAGGAAGAUCAGUACUCUUUUGACAUUUCGUUAUGGAGUAGCUGUGGAAUCAUGCAGUGAGAUAAAAUUCUACUAAAAAGUUGGAAACACAGAGCAGUAAAUUCAUAGGAUUACUCUGA